CCUCAUCAUUCGCCAGACGUUGAAUUUGGCUCAGGAGGAAAUAAAAACUGCAUCGCUACAGCCAGACCAAAAAGCAGCAAGGAGGAACACAAAACGUCAAGAGGGCGAGGAGCAAAGAGCGAGCACACACCCAGAAAAAAAGAGCCGGAGAGAAAAAGAGCUCGCACGUGAAUGAGUACAGCAGCUGUGGCGUCGGCAGCCAGUGGCAUCGCCCGACGCUCUCGCAUCCGCGGUCUCGACGGCCUCGCGCGGAGGAGAAGCUUCCAUGGCACCCCUCCGGUGUCCCCACCUGAAACACCAGCACCAGCAGGCUCGGCAGCAGCAGCUCUCGCCCCGAACCGACCGCUCGCCAGAUGCAGGUCCCUGACCUCGGCCCCAUCCACCACCGGGGGCGGCGGCGGGAGGAGGAGCUACACCAGCGCCGCGCGCGUGACGUCCGCUGCGCGGCGCGGCGGCGAUUGGUCCGACGACAGCUUUGUUUGGGCAGAUGGCAUCAACUUCGGCGGGCAAUUUCUGGCCGGAGCGGUGGCUGUGGCAGGAGCUCUGGUGGCGACAUCGUCGGGGGGAGGACGAGACUUGGACAACGACAGGGUCGGAGGAGACAUCACGAGCUGGGGCAACGACAGGGCGGGCGGCGGAGGCGGUGGCGGCAGGGGUGGCGUUCGGUGCGAUGCAUCAGCAGCGGCAGUGUCGAGGCACCAGCAUGUAGCGUCAGCGGAGUCUUCCUCGUUCCGAGAGGCCUGCAGCACGGACAGUCAAAACAACAAGAGUGGCGCUAUGCUCAGCAGGAGCAGCAGCAGCAGCAGCAGCUGCUGCGGGAGCGAAGUGAUGCAGGUCGGCGCGAGGGCCUUGUCCUGCUUGGAGCCGAGCGCAGUGGCGCCGGCGGCGCGCUCACCGGCGCCGAGCAUCACCGACGUGUAUUUCUUCGAAGGCGCCGCGGAGCCGGUCAUCGGCCGAGGACAGCGAAGCGUCGUGAGCACUGCCAGGCACCGGCUGACGGGGCAACCCGUGGCUGUGAAGAGACUCGCGCGCGCGGAGACUACUCGCUUAGAGGUGAUGGAAGAGGUGCAGAUGCUCAAGGUCGCUGGUAAACACCCGAAUGUGGUGACCAUGCAGGCGUUUUUCGAGGACCAGGAGGCGUACUACAUCGUCAUGGAGAUGUGCGAAGGAGGGGAGCUGUUCCACCGCCUCGCUGACAAGGGUCGUUACUCUGAGGGACAAGCGGCGCGCAUCAUGGCGGAGGUGGCAUCGGCGGUGGGUUUCUUGCACAGGAAUGGCAUCGUACACUUCGACCUGAAACCGGAGAACAUCAUGCUCGCCGUGGGCGGUGAUGACUGCGUGCCCGAGGUGCGGCUGGCGGACUUCGGGUCGGCCUUCAGGCAGUACCGCCAGAUUAGCUCCGCUCGAGACUACACCGCCGCCUACAGCGCGCCCGAGGUGCUCUCCCGCCAAUCGGUGGACGACUACCGGCAGGUGGACAUGUGGGCGCUGGGCGUGGUGAUGUGGGUGCUCUUGACGGGCGAGCACCCGUUCGGCGCCCACUCAGACCUGUCCGAGGCGGAGCUGGCGCGCAGGGUGGCGGAGAUGGAACCGGACCUGAAGGCUCUCAGACACGUCUCCCCCGAGGCGAAGGAUCUCGUGCGCCGCCUGCUGGCCCGCGACCCGGAGGACCGCCCGUCGGCUCUCCAGCUGCUCUCCCACCCGUGGCUCCGCGCCGUGGUUACAACGCACCGCUCCUCGCUCCGCCGCCCGCAGAGCCUCGUGCGCCGCAGGCACCAGCAGCAGCAGGUGGAGGGUGAGUCGUGGGGAGUCCGGCCGCCUCGCCAUGGCGUGGGCGACGCGGAGCGGAAGCAGGAGGGGGGGGAGGGGGUUCAGCAGCCGUGCGUCUUCUUCGGCGGCUGCGGCGGUGGUGGCCACCGGACCAUCAACGGGCUUGAGUGGUUCGGUACAAUCUGCAGUGCCCCGUUACGGGGUGGAGGUUACGGUGCCCCGGGCGGUGGCGGAGGGGGGGGUGCAUCUACCGGCUUCAACGGUUCGGUACACUGCCGUGUCCCCGAGGCCCCGAGGGGAGGCUACGGCGGUGCCUCGAACGACUCAUUCCUUGAGCUCUUGACCCCAGCCGGGUGGAGAGGCAACAAAGUUUGGGUUUGUAAAUAACCAAGGAGCGCUUGGGCAAUGUACAUCUUCAACGCACGGUACAAAAUGGGGCAUACUUUGUGUGUCGGGUUGGUGGACGAACGGGGGGGAGGGAGGGGGCGGUCCAUGGGUUGAUAGAUGCGCGCUUUUGGUGCUUUUGAUUUUGGUGUGGUGUUAUCGUGCUUUAGUGUGCGUGUGUGCGUGCGUGCGUGCGUGCGCGUUGUGUUUUUUUCGCGAGGUGUUUGUCGCACCGCGCCAAAUAAGACAAACGAGCCCCCCGACGAGGCUUUUAUCUGUGCCAUGCAUCAUGAACGGCUGAGACUUGCAUUCUGCGCACCGGGAGUUUUCUAGACAGGGGUCGGCGGGGGUGGGGCGGUUGCGGAGAGGGUGCUCCGCGCCGUGUGUAGAUUAAAUGUGUAGGCCUAGAUUUACUGUGCUUUUCGCGGCGUUUCUGGUGGGCUUACAUUACAGCCAUGUUUUCUUCGCGGUCUCGGGCCUAUGUUGUGGUGUCUUUUCCAGCAGUAGACACAAACGAGCCGCGUGGUAGCAAUCACCGGGAGAGUACAGGAAUCCAGCGUAUCAGAACGGGACAUGGACUAGCAGCAGCCGGGAAUGAGUGUCGCGAAUGCCAUGACGAGCACGAGCGCGUCGAAUUGGUUCUGGCUGCUUGAGAUACUACGUCGCGGUAGCGCACUAAAUUGUGAAGGGAAUGUACAUAGGUUUCNGGGGGGGGGGGGGGGGGGGGGGGGGGGGGGGGGGGGGGGGGGGGGGGGGGGGGGGGGGGGGGGGGGGGGGGGGGGGGGGGGGGGGGGGGGGGGGGGAUGUGCUACGCGUUUUUUGUGGGGCACAAUGCAACGAAAACAUGAAAAGGUUUGAGGCAUGAGUUUCCCACCCCUCCCUAUCCGGGUCAUCCGACUCUUGUUUCUUGUUCGGCCUUUGGCAACGUGAUAGGUCAUCUGUCCAUCAAUCCAUCCAUUCACGUUGGUUGGGCGGACCAAAAAGCUUUUCCGAAGCCAGUAGUUGACGUGCAUGUGUUGGUAAAGGCGGAGGGGCGGGGAGCAGGCCGCGCUUGCCCAGUGUCCUUGGUACUGUCGGCUGGUGUGUUGUUGCUACGAUUUCUCAGGACUCCUGUUAGAUUCCAGUGCUCGACCAUAUUUGCUGUACUUUCGUUUUCGGCAAUUCUGCUGCUACAUUGGGUGUUAGAAGAGUGACUCGAAGGGAGUAAUGGCGGUGUAGUGUAGUCUCUUGGGGUCCAUUUGAAGUUGGUGUAUUUCUUAGAAGGCGGCGAAAGCGUUUCCGCUGGCAUGCGUUGGCGCUUUUUUUUUUCUUGUGCGGUCGGUGCUUCGCGCAGUGUUUUUUGCCCAAUUGGCCAACCGUGCAUGUAUCAACAGAUGGGUUUGAAUGGAGAGCCAGAGAGGGGGGUGGGUGUCUUGUCUCCAUGGAUGCCCAGACGCAUCAUCUCCUCGCCUUCGUGUACAUACAAGAGAGCGAACAUGCAUAGAGUCAACCGCACCACGCCCUCGCUUGACAUCGAGCACCGACAUAACGGCGGGGGUAGACGAGAGGUUUCGGCUUGGACUGCAGCUAACGCCCGAGACUGUUUGCUAGACGCCGCUUUUCAAUUUAGGCGGCACCAAGCUGUAGUAUAGAGCUGUAUUGGGGGUGAUUUGCAAUUGGUGGAUCAUGAGUGAUAUUCAGGGGCCGGGUGUGCGCGCCUUGCUGUCGUCUGUUCUUGUGGUGCCGUACAUGGUAUUGCUAGACUGCAAAUGAAUUUGGUUGGAUCGAUAGGUGGUGUUCGCUUUGUUGUAGUCUACAUUUCGUACGCGUUUUUUUCCAGACUUCCGUUGCGCCAUGUUGUCAAAUUAGCACGCACUGCUGGUGCUGCUGGUGCUGGUGCUGGUGCUGCUGUGCUUGCCCAGCUCUUGUCUUUUGCAUUUUGUCUGUUGGCGGGAAAGCUAGCCGCUUGGAGGCCGCGGGUGCUCAGUUGGUGUCCGAUUCUGCCUGUAUCUCGAGCCACAAGCGAGGAGUGCAUCUAUUCGAAAUCGGUUAAUAUUGAAAUACAUUCAGUCCAAGUACUGUAGUUUUGCCUUGCGCACACGCCAGGUGAUCCGUGUCGUACCAUGAUGUGUGCAUCCUUGCGGAAGAAGAGGCGACUGUCGCGCGAGGCUUGCGUGCGUGUUGCGCCUCUUCGGGAGUCUUGGCGAACACCAAGAGACACACGAGACAUGAGAUGGAACAAUGCGAAGGGUGGAGGCAAUUCAUUCUUUAUGGUCGACGACGCCACACACAGCAGCCGUUUUCUGUCUGCCUAGAGAUAACUCGUGUUGCUCGGGUUUGU